GCAUUGCCCAGCAGGCAACCACAAUUUGGCCCUCGGCUUAAUUAUUCAAUUGCUCAACAAAUGCUUACUCUAUCUUGCAUUGCUGUAGUAUCAUCCCAAUCAAUGCAUUUGACCCCCUCGCCAAUACUAUUUCCACCGAAUUCCAUCUGCAAGGACGCUAGUCUCUAGAUGACAGCUCGAGGACAGCUAGGCCCUCCAUUUGGGUAGAAAGCGCUCUAUAAUAACGCCCGCACUGGCAGCAUACCAUCUUGCACUUCAAUCCGCUUGUCUCAAUCCACUUAUUUCUACCCGUCUCCUAAUAUGCGACUCUAUUUCCUAUAGUUCUAGAACCGAGUUGGUUAAUCCUCAAGCCUCAAUCGCGAAUCAACAUGUUUACCACGAUUUGGCGAAUCGUUUCUGCAACCCUACGAUUCCUCUGGCUUGUACUUUUAUGCCCGUUAAUUAUAGUUGUCGCUACAGGGGCCGCCGUAUCUAUUUAUCGAGCUGGUCUCUCCCUCUGGAAAGACGUUCCUGCGGGUUUCUACGAACUGUUAUGUCGUUUAUCGCGUAGCGACUUCUUUCCUGAUUCAUUCUAGUUUAUUAUCAUUACUUAUGGAAAGCAUGGGGUUUUGUAGGGUUUAGCCUUGAGUGAUACCUUUAUGGGUUCGUGAGUGGUUGUUUUUGACUAUUAUUUUAUCGCAACUGUCUCUACUUCAGUUAUGGAAGAAUCCAUGCGGAGUACGUAGUCCAUAAUACACCUUAAGUGGAUAGAGAAGUUGGUAAUGCGCGAAAAAAGAUAAAUAUUAAUGGUGAUACCGGUGCAUUGUAUCCGGCCUUGAACUUCUCUGGUUUGUCUAAGGCAUCUCCGUACGGCAACCAUUGGAGAGCAAGUCCAUCGACGCUUGGAUGUCUUUCCAAAUGGACGAAAUGCUUAUCUUGAUACUUAAUUGCUUUCCACUUGAAAAGUAUACAUAUAUUAACAACGCAACCUAAUGCCUAACAAUUUCAUAUGACUCACAUCA